AGGUUAGGUUAGGUUUGCCAGUUUACUCUAAUGUUUGGCAAAGGAUCGGGAUAUUUACUUCUUUGUCGCUAGUCACCUCAAAGGAUUUGUGAGGUGCAUCAUCUCCUUGUGAAAUUCUCCGAAAACGAUGGCUGUCUCCAAAGCUCUUGCAGGGGUAGCUCCUGCCUACUCACGAAUACUGUCAUUAUUCCCACCAGACAUAAAUUUUUGCUUUGCUUAUGGAUCUGGUGUUAUAAAGCAGGCGGGAGUCAGUUCCAAGAGCUCCAAUAUGAUCGACCUUAUUUUCGCUGUUAAUGACUCACACAGUUGGCACAAACAGAACAUUGAAAUGAACCCCACCCAUUACUCGUUUCUGAAGUGGUUGGGUGAAAGCUCUGUUGCUGCCUAUCAAGACCAUUGGGGAGCCAAGGUAUAUUUCAACACUUUGGUGCCAAUUCCUUCCGAAAAUGUGAUGAUCAAAUAUGGUGUUGUGUCGCAAUCAUCACUUGUGUCUGAUCUUCUGGACUGGAGUCAACUUUAUCUUGCGGGCCGUUUGCACAAGCCCGUCACAGUUGUACGACCAACAAGUGACUCAGAAUUACGUUCUGCCCUUCAGAAGAAUUUACAUAGUGCUGUUCAUUGUGCUUUGCUACUAUUGCCUGAACAUUUCACUGAAAAACUUUUGUACAGAACAAUCAUAGAACUGUCAUAUAAAGGAGAUUUUCGAAUGAUAUUUGGUGAAGACAAAAACAAAGUAGAUAAUAUAUUAGAACCACAGUUUGAGUUACUUCAAGCAAUUUAUCGACCAAUUAUCAGAAGCCUUCAUGAUUAUAUGGAUGUCCAAGAGUCAGGGCUCUGCUGCCAAGAUCCAGGCACUUUGGCCAAACUACAUCAUCUUAAUCAACUCCCUAGAACCCCUCAAAGAGCAUUAGUUCGCUUUUGGAAUCGAGGGAGUGGGAACCUACGCCAAGAUACUGAAGACGUUCUACGAGCUGUAGCCCAUGAUCCCGAAUGUAGUUCAAUAUUACAAGACAGACUCCAAGAUAUAGUAUGGGCUUCAAGUGUAAGACAGAGUAUUAAAGGCAUUUUCACUGCUGGCAUUAUGAAGUCUAUUCAGUACAGUGCAAAAAAAAUAAAUAAAAUGUUAGCGAGUUCAAAGAAAGCAUUGUAAUAUAUUUGUUGACUAGUCCUCGUUUAUCUCCUGACCUAUCUUUUAAAUAAAUUAUUGCAACAGU